UGGAGUGCUGACGACCGACAGCCGGCGUGGGAGACCUACUACAGAGAUCAAGAGCGCAGAGAGACCAUUCGCCAAGAUUGCACACGCAUCUUUCCCGAUGAGCCAUGGUUCCACCAGGAUCAGAUACAACGUACUCUUGAGAGUUUGCUCUUCAUCUGGUGCAAGUCACAUGCAUCCAUUGAUUAUCGCCAAGGCAUGCACGAACUCGCAGGAGUCUUGCUCUGCGUUGUUGAGCAGGCGGGAGGCCCGAAUGUUUUGGCAAACACCUAUGCUCUCUUCGAUGCAGUGAUGCGCUAUGCGGCCAGCUUCUACGAAGUACCGAGUAAAGGCGAGUCACCAGUCUGUGUUCGUGCGAAUCACAUCCAGCACACGUUGCUCGUCCAAUUCGAUCCGAGUCUUGCAGAGAAGCUCUCGCAUCUCGAGGUGGAGCCACAAAUGUACACACUUAAAUGGCUGCGCUUGUUGUUUCUGCGCGAGUUUACAUUCAAUGAAGUUCUAGUCCUCUGGGAUCUACUCUUUGCUGCUGACAGAACAUUGAAGCUCAUGGAUUUUAUCGCCUGUGCCAUGUUGAUCAGAAUACACGAUCGACUCAUGCUUCCAGAGACAGACUACAGUGCAGCACUGACAUUGCUCAUGCGGUAUCCGCAUCCUGGCACCGUUCCAGCUCUCUUUGUUCAAGACGCAUUGGCCCUUCGAGCAGGCGAAUCAGGGCAGAACCUCAUGGAACGGUAUCAAGGCUCGAGCACUGCGUCACAGCGACAAGUGCUUGCCAAACCACCGCUUGUAGAAACAUCUACCAAUCUUGCAGGCGUUGCUGGAUAUUCCCUUGGCGCACUCCUGCACCAAACAGAUCGCUUGGGCUUGAACAAUUACUUCAAGGGGACACUGACAGAAUUGAGUCGUGGUGUGACUGAAGCAAGACAGGUACUGAGUCGACAAUCGACGGGAACUUCAGGAUCACCUAGUACACCAUCUGGCUCGCACGUCAAUCGCGAACUCGCUGGUCAUUUGGCACUGGUUAUUUCAAAUUUACGAUGUGGUGAGCCGCUUGAAGAGAAUCUACAGCGGUUGGAGGACUUGAAGUAUGUCUUGCAGGGACGCAAGUCAUUGGCUGAGUUGAAGCAGGUCAAAGUACCUGAGCGACAACGCCCAGCGACGGCGCCGCAAGCAGAGGCGAUACCGACAAGUAGUAUAGAGAAAGCUACGGUGAGAGGGAAACAGCCUGCGGUGCCAGCUGGUGCUACUAAACGGGUUAGUUUGCAGAGUGACUUUGGCUUCUUGCUGUAGAGAAAUGAUUGGCAUGAUAUAUAGCCUCUCCAUGGACG